GGGAAGUAAUCGUGUGAUGACUAAAAGUCUUCCUUCAAGGCAAAUGAUAUUGUCUUGGUGAGAAGGGAUCAUCAUGGAUAUUCCAUUUCCGAGGCAGUUCGGCAGCAAAAGUGCCCAUGCCUUGCUCCUGCAGCAGCACCUUCAUGACCAGAUGAUGUCACAGUCAGAAUUUUGUGAUGUCACUCUGGUGGUGGAUAAUGUGGAGAUAAAAGCCCACUGGUGUGUGCUGGUGUCCUGUCCAUACUUUCAGUCCCUUUACGACAGCGGCCUUGCAGAAAGAUUUUCUGGGACAGUCGAGCUACACAUUGGAAAACCUGGCGCCGUCCGCUCCGCUUUAGAGUUCCUGUAUCUUGGUAAUGUGAAAAUCAGCUACGACAACGUACAGGAACUCCUAGAGGUGGCCGACUAUUUCCAGAUCAUGGAGUUAAAACGAGCAUGCCAGGACUACCUCUACUCCGUCAACAUCAACACGGACAAUUGUGUACGAAUCUGUCUCAUGUGUAGUCUCUAUGACCUUGACCUUUACACAAGGGCAUUUGAUUUCUUACGAGGGAAUCUACCAGAAGUGAUGCAAAAGGAAGACAUUUUGUCGCUCACACACGAUUCUGUGUUGUCCCUUGUGACCGACCUGUCAUUAUGUUAUGUGUCUCAGUCAGACUUUUUUCGGUUUAUAGUUCGCUGGGUGCAGUUUGAAGAGGAGGUAAGGUUGACCUACUUUGAAGAGUUGUUUUGUGCUUUGAAUCUUCUUGGCAUUCCAAAGAAGUACCUUGAGGAAGAGGUAGAGCAACAUAAAUUUGUUAGCGGCAGUGAAAAAUGUAAAGAUGAGGUGCUCAGUGUCAAAUCAAAAUACAAGGCAGGACUUAUUGAAGAGGAUUCAGGAAUGAGAGAUGUUGUUAUCGUGGCAGGGGGUAGUGGUGAUGGACUUUACUUCAACAAUCUCUUCCAUCUAUUCCCUUUCUCGGAAAGUAUAUCUGUUUGCUCUGUGUAUGGGUUUGUUGUGAACGAAGGACGCUGGAUAGAGUUAGCUCCCUUACCAGUGAAAAUGAGAAAACCAGUGGUCACCUAUGAUCCCCUGGGCUACCUGUACGUGUUCAACACGGCUCAUUCAAACUACGACUCAGUUUUCAUUGUGUACAAAUAUAACAUUGAAGAGAAGACAUGGACAAGCUUUCGACUCCAAAUACCGGACAGUAUUACAAAUGUGUUCAUCCAGAAUAUUGUGUCGUGUAACAGUCGUCUGUAUGCAAUUGUAUCUGGUAAUAUGCCUUCAGCACACAAAACCCCACCUGUGGAGGAAUGGCAGACAGUCCUCUUAGAAGUCAAGGAAGACACGGAGAGUGUUAUCAAGUGCAAUCUCUUCCAGGGUAACACCACCAAUGCACAGAUCACUUCUCUCGGGGUCAAUAAUCGCCACGUCUGUGUGCUGGUGUGGAAACACGGUGCAAAGGGCAAGAAGAGUCGUCAAUAUGCAAAAUUUGUCAUGUACGAUGCAGUCACUGAGAAAAAGCUUGACCAAUCCAAAGGAGCGUUUUGGGACAGCAUACUGAUUCCAAUAGAAAAUGAGCUUGUCACCUGUAGGAUGGGUAAGUAUACUGCCAAGAAGUAUUCCUUCAGUGACAAACGAUGGAAGGGGGUCAAGGGACAGAUAAUGUCACAAUUACCCGAGGAUCCUACCCGCCAGGAUUUCUCUUAUCACUCGGACGGCGUCAACUUUUAUGUAUUUGGCGGAAAGGAUGCCUCAACCAAGAAACUCUUGGAUACCGCUUUCAGGUUCAAUUUUGAGAAAAGGAAGUGGACCAAGCUGGAAAAUAUGCCACAGGCUGUGAUGCAGAGUGCCAUUUGCCACGUGAAAAUGCCGGCAGACCAUGUGCGAUGCCACAUCAGUUGUCCACAUUGUGUGUACCACACACGUAAGAGCCAGGCGGUGUAUGACGUUGAAUGUUCGUUUGAUGAAGGAGAUGAUGACACAGAUUGUGACUAUUCAUAUGAUGAUGAUGAAGAAGACUUCCCUUCAGAUCACUGGGAAGACUACUUCGACUAUUAUGAUCCCUAUCAGGAUCCCUAUCAGGACUGGUACUGAUCAUCAAAUUCUCGUGUCGCUGGAGAACUGGUACUGAUCAACAAAUUCACCUCUUGUCGCUCGAAUGAUGGCUAUUAUUAUCCCCUCACUGGUCACCUGUACAACAGCCUGACAGCUGCUUAUUCUACUUCCCCUGUGAUCACCAUGACAACUGCUUAUUCCACUUCCCCUGUGAUCACCAUGACGACUGCUUAUUCUACUCCCCCCUCAAAUCACCAUGACCAUAUUGCCUAUUCCACUUCCCCUUGUAUAACCAUGACAACUGCUUUUAAUUAAUCCACUUCCCCUCAAAUCACCAUGACGACUGCUUAUUCCACUCCCCCUCAAAUCACCAUGACCAUAUUGCUUAUUCCACUUCCCCUUGUAUAACCAUGACAACUACUUUUAAUUAAUCCACUUCCCCUCAAAUCACCAUGACGACUGUUGAUUCUGGUUCCCUUUUCCCUUAGAUCACUAAGAUGGCUGUGUUUUUGACCAUGUGAAUGUGAUAGAUGAGCUGAUCAAAACAUCACAAUGUAACCUAUUGCAUAUAAAUUAGGACUAUUUCAUGGUUUUGUAAUGGAGCCCAUUUCAAACAGUCACAAGAAGAAAGGAAAUAAGAUUUCCAGUCAGUUUUCCGAGAGAUGUUGGUUGUCCUGAGAUUUCAUAUAUAUAUAUACUAUUUAUACUUAACAUGAUAUACUGGUCACAAAAUACAGCAUUACACAGGGAUCUUUUGUUAGUAACUAGUAUACAUAUGGUAUUUACAUUGUUUGCUUUUCAUUUUACGGUUUUUAGCUCACCUGGCCAAAAGGGUCAAGUUAGCUUUUAUUUUUAUGAAGGGCUCGUGGUCAACAUCUGUCAUCUCUGUCCGUCACUCUCAAGGUCACAAUGGUUGAUGAUUAAAAACCUUCAAACAACUUCUUCUGAAUAACCCAAGGGCCCAGGGUAAUGCUAUCUGGCCAGUAGCAUGCUUGGAUAAAGGGCUACCAAGUUUGUUCAAAUAAAUAACCUUGGCCCCUUUCAAAGUUCCAGAGAUCAAAUAUGUUAAAAUCUUGAAACAACUCCAGUCCUCAAUAACUGGAAGGCCAAGGUUAGGAUGGUGAAUUUUGCUUAAUUUAGCUCAUUUUAAUAAGGUUGCUUUUGUUUUGCUGGUGUGAGAUUAAUACCAGGUGAGCUAUUCAGGCCCAUUUGGGCUUCUUGUUUAUACAAAUUGCUCCACUAUUCCAGUUAUGUUGUUAUCUAGCUACUUGAGUGUUGAAAGUGACUGCAUAUUUGAGGUUCCACUGAAUUUGUGGUUCCAGUCGAUGUAAUCUUGAAAACUGCAAAAAUAUUCAUGCUAUGUGUAUACGGUAUCAGCUGCAGUCUGCACACUGUUCUGUAAAAGCAAAUAUAUUAAAUUGGAGGUUUUCUAAACUUUUGAGAAAAGAACAUUCUUAGAGGCAAUUUUUUACACAGUGAGAAAUGUUUGGUGUCACAAAAUAUGUUUUGAUACUCAAACUUGUAAAAUUUGUAUUAACAUUUAGUCUGCUAGAUCAGGAUCAAAUAGAUUCUGUAGCUUAUUGUCAUAAUUAUAAUUAAUUGUAAUCAUUUUGACAUGACACCGUUCCAAAUGCAUACUCUGAAUUAAUUUUGUUUUCAUCCAGAUCGAUUUCAAAACUAUUGAAAAUUUCACAGUGCUUGUUUACAUGUACCUGUUUAUAUAUAUAUGUUCAUCUUAUAAACAAGGAUUUUUUUUUUGUGAAUUCUUUCUUAUUUUACAUCAGUUUGUUCCUUAAAGUCUCUAAAAUCCCCCCAAUAAAUCUAUUGUUAGUUGUGACCUUGCCACUUACCUCUGACUGUUAUAAACUGUAGUACAAUUUUCUGCAAUUAUUUUAGUGUCGACACAAUAAAACAGUUUUGGUGGAUUGUAGAAUUCAGUUUACAUUUAACACACCAAGUGUAGUGCUGGUAUAAAUUUGCCACCUUCUAAUUAUAGCACCAGUCUGCUGUAUUUCAUGAUACCAUAUUCGUUUGUUCGUUACAAACUUUUAUGCAUCACCAUCAUUAUAUCGCCAAACCUCCUUGUAAUUUCAAUUUACCCAGACAAAAUGUGGUAUUAUAAAGGGGUCUUACUGUGUUUGUAUCCUUUGGAAAGAAAUUUUGUCACAUAGAUUCAAUUUGUCACAAACAUAAUUUCUGAGUUCCCAUCUAGAUCCCCUGGCUUUUGUUAUAAAUGCAUUUUGAUUUUCAUGUUCUUUGUGGGCACAAAAAACACUUAUUACAAUUAGGCUUAAUUAGACAUCAAAAUAUGAUGCAAUAAAUUAAAUGUCUUUCUUUGUAUGGAGAAUUUCUUUAUGAAAUGUUUUCAUUUGUGUUUGGAAUUUGAAAUUUGGAGUGAAAGCUAGUCAGAAAUGACUGACUAUUUCCUCUUAUAUUUGUUUUGAUGUGACACUGACACUCAAACAAAUUUAAGAGGAGAAAAUCAGUUAUUUAGGAUUAAGUGAAAGCAUGUAAUUUCUCACAUUCUUGUCUGAGGAAAUUCAGGGUUGAAUGAGAGUUUAACUAUUUGCAUUACAUUUAUAGAUUAUUCAGUGUUUUUGUUACCUAAAUUUUUACAACAGCCAGUUUGUUUAUAAAUUGGGAAAAUACAGCAUUAUUUGUAUUGAAUUUGGGAAUAUAUUCCCCAGUUUUGGGUAAUUUUUGGAGAAUAAGGCACUUUUUAGCUAGGGGAAACAGCCUGUAUUCGGCAGUAAAACCGAGCAAAAAUAAAAUAAAAAAAUUGUUGAUAAUAUCCACAAACUUUAGUCUACAAAAAAUAAACGCUAGAGUCACCUGACCGAUAACAAGUAUCAUUAUGUUAGCUGAUCAGCUGUAUAUUGUGUUUUGUCUUAUUUUCAAGUGACUAUAUAUAUAUAGAUGCUUGGUUUUGUGAUUCAGUUAUUUCUAAUACAGGCAAAUACAUGUAAUAAUUUGUAUUUCUCUGCAAAAAAUAAAUAAAUUAUCCACCUAAUAAUAAUUUUUAAAAAUCUUUAUCAUCUGUGAGCAUAUUCGAGCAAUAAUCUGAAGCUAUCGGAGAUUUUAAUGUUUUAACACAGUCUAGAAAUGAAGAAGUUAUGUAUCAAAUUGGUGACCGUGUUCUCUACCAACUCUUCUGUGUUUUAUAUUUGUCUGGUCCAUAAGGUUGUGAAACAUAAUCAUUUUAACAAGUUAUAUACCUAUAUAUCAAUACUCAAUACUGGUGUAAUUUUUCUGUAAAACCAAUAUACACUUAUUUACUAACUGCAGUUGGAAUUUGAAGUCAGGUUUAUUUUGAUGCAAUAUCCAAUAAUUAUUUUUGCAAUUAAAUAUCAUUCAGAUAAAUAUUAAGCAAGCAAUCAAAAUCUGAACAACAUAUAAAAGUUGCAUAUUUGCAAUUUUAAACGGAAGAUCAAAAAAAGAGUGUUGCCCAAACAUUCAGAAGAAAAGAAGUCUUAUGACCAAAAGAACAGUUCGAAUCACAUCUCUAACUCUUCACCAGGUAUAUAAACGGGUGAGGUCGUUAAGGGGAAGUAUACAAUAUCCAAUCUGUGAUUUUAAUGUACUGAACAACAAAGGGGGACAAGUGGUUUAAUUCUAUUACAAAAUUUAGCAUAAUAGUGAUUCAUGUUUGAUCCCAGAUCAGCACCACAACAAUGUUUAAUAAAAGAAUGAUGGGAUUUAU